AUGGCUGGCCCUGCUGCUGACGUUGAUGUUUACCUCAAGCAGAUUCUUCAGCGUAUGAUAGAGACAGGAGAGUGGCAAAGGCUCAAGGCCAUGUUCACAGCCCAACUAGACGAAAGUGGUUGGACAGACCAGCUUAGGAGUUCCGGUAGGAAGCUUGCAGAAGAGAUGAACCCACUGUCAAUUCACGAUAUGCUCACCGACCUCAAUAUGAAUGCGCAUAAGUCUUUACCUGCUGAUGCCCGUCGAAGUAUUCAGGACGCUGUACGGGCGUACUUGAAUAGACAGUUUGAAUGA